AUUAAAGCAAAGAUGGCGGACGAACAAAAGCAGACGACGGAAGAGUUGAACGACAGUCAGGUAGGCCUCCUGGCGGCGGACGCGGAGGAAACCAAAGAUGAGACUCCGGACCUACGAGAGAAGACGUUGAACUCCCAGGGAGAGGAGGAGGUCGAGCUGCAGGAGAAGCCGUCGACACCUGCAGAGGGCGAGAAGGAAGGCGAGGAGAAGAAAGAAAACGAGAACGAAUCUGACGAAUCGAAAAAGGAGGAACCGAAGGAUAAGACCAAGCAACAGCUCAAGGAGGAAGAGAAAGCCAAAAAAGCGGCGGAGAAAAAAGCCAAGGAGGAAGAGAAGAAGCAGAAGAAGGAGGAAGAGAAGAAGAAGGAAGCCCUUAAAAAGGAAGAGGAGAAAAAACGAAAAGAGGAGGAAAAGAAAGCUAAGGAGGAAGCUAAGAAGGCAGCUAAGGAAGCCAAACUUGAGAAGAAGGCGGCUGCUGAAACCGAGGCGACGCCAGAAGGAGAGGCUGAGGAGGGAGCGGAGGCGGUUACCAAGCAACCACGCAAGUUCCAGAAGCCAGCCAUUCUCACUGUACAACGGGACGAUGACAGAGACACGCGACAUGUCAACGACGUAGUCAAGGUAAACUGCGAUGAGUCAUCGAGGACCCGCAUGGUCUUCCGGCUUGCCGCGGAGACGGAGG